AUGUCCAUCCGGCUCAAACUUAAAGGAGCAUCAGCACAAGUUCGCUUCGACUCUGACGCAGCACGCUGCACCAUGCCUCGAACCCGAAGUGGUGCGAAGGAGCCCGGGGCCACCUGUGACGUGGAAAACGUCUACAGGGAGUGGCAGGAUAACCAAGCAGUCAGGCAGGUGGCCGUCUCAACGGACCGGCUUUUUGUCUCUCACAAGGGGGAAAAGGAACCUCUCAAGUUCAGCAUCAAGGAUAGUGUCCGGAACAUGCAUGUGGUGACGCCUGUGCUUCAGAGAAUGGCUGCGCAUCCCUCACAUCCGUUGCCAUACCUUAAGCAAAUUGAGGAUGCUGGAGAAGCGAUUAAUGAAGGCGACCUCUUUGAGGUUGAGGGCGGAAGUGACUCCGAGAGUGAAGCUGAUGAUGCCUGGUUUGACCAGCUGGUUGAGAGCACUUUGUCAGCCGAAGCCAGGUCUACUGAGAAUCUUGAGCACCCUGCUCCACCAGAAGUGGAGGAUGCCUCUUCUCUGUUCCAAUUGAUGGAUAUUGAUCUCCUCUCGGAUCGCCCGCCAGUUGACUCACCCACGGUUGUGAAAGCGAUCUGGAGUCCAGAGCGGCCUGUUGCUCGCCCCUUGCAGCGCCAAGCUACGUCAGUGGCCAUGAACCAUGAGGUGGGUGCAGCCUCUUCGUCAACAGGUCUUGUGGCAAUUGAUUUGGAAGAGGACGAUGGAGAGGAUCUACAGCUUGGCCCUUCAGCUCUCUCCCAAGCUGAUCGAGAUGAAAAAGCAAAGCAAAUCCGCCAAUUGCGAGAGCAAAUUGUCAAGGCAGAGAUGGUGCUUGUGCCAGAGAGCUUGCCACUUGCAACGGAUGUGGAUUCCACCGUGCCAAUGGACUUAUCUGAAGGUGUUCCAGCACCAGUUCAGAGCAUGUUGCGCGCUGAGGAAGCUGCUGUGAAUGCGGAACCUACUCCGAAGAAGGUCAGCUGGGCCUUUACUUUUCUUGUGGGCUCGACCAAUUCUGAAGUCAUUGGCGUGGACGAGCCGGCAAAGGUUCUGCUAUGUCGUGAUCAGCUUGGACUUGUCCAAGAAAAAAGAGAAGAAGCAGAGGAGGCCAAGCAGAAAGGAAAAGGAAACGGGCGUGGACAAGGUCGUGGCCGUGGUCGAGGGAGGGGCAAAUCCGAAGCUUCAGCGGCAGCAUCUUCGAAAGCGCUGGCUGGCAAAGGGGAGAAUGGUUCACCAGUGGCGGCCAAGAGACCACCAGCUCACACCCCCGAAAGGAAGCAGCUUUUUCGUGAUGAUGCUCCUGCUCCUGAUGCUGAAGUGUCAAAUGAGUCGCCGGCCAAGCCGGUCAAGCCCAACAGAAAGCGCGUGAAGAAAUCUACAGCUCCUUGUCGCUUUCCGGAUGUUCCAAUGGUGGAGGAAGCCCAGGCUGAGAAGACAGAGCUUCCUUCUGAAGCGGCUGCCAAGCCCCAGCCAGACCCCCCCAUGACUGAGAAGAAGAAAGAUGCACCCAAGAAGAAGGCAAAGAAAGGUAAAGCGGCCGAGGCUGCAGCAGUUUCUGAAGACAGGAGCCAAGCUCAGCUGGCCAAAGAGGGGGAAACUGCAGAGCCCGCUCCAGAGCCUGCUCCCAAGAUUCCAGGAAAGACGUUGGUGAAAUUUUGUACGAACCACCUCAUGGACGCUCACAAGCAUGAAGCUUCUUGGGAUCAUGCUCUCAAGUUGUUCGAAGCUGCUCAGACUGUGAUCAAGAAGGGUGAUGAUUAUGGUCCUCAGUUCUCCCAUUGGAGCCUCUCCCUUUACUAUGACACGGGUAGAGUUGGCCUUCUCCAAAAGCGGGUCAAGAAGCAAGUGCAUGUGCUAUCUUUUGGUGGGGCAUUCUGCAAUGGCGUUAGCAUUCCUUUGGAAGCUGUUCGACUUUUUGUGCGAUUCGUUGGUGGGGACAAGCCGAGUGGCUACUUGAAGGACAUUGAUUGUGAAGAGGUCCAGGCCUACAAGGCUGCUUUGGCGGAGAUGGUGAGAGCCGUGGCCAUUGCUGUUGCGUUGGGUAAGGGCCCAACUGAUUUUGCGCAGUGA